CACGCUGCACUGCCAGUCCAAACAACUUUUCCAGAGGAACUCCACAUCACAACGCCACCGGGAUCCGACCGUCGAGGUGCCGAGAUUUAACAAAAGUAGUCCGAAAACAACAACGAAAAACGUGUCGAGGAGUACACGGAACGGCCCAACAAGCAUUUUAGUGCGUAGAAUUUAGUUUGUUUUCUCUCUUUACAUAUUUUUUUUUUUAUUUACAACUGCCGUUUUUCUCCUCUGGAAGUUAAGAUGAGGAAUCUGCGGUUGUUGUUCCUCGUCGGGCUGGCGACUGGGUUUAUCAGUGAAAAACUCUUCGUCUCCUCCCAGUCACCAUUCUCCCCGACAGAUGACCUGUACAUCGAGGGCCAAACAUCAGGUGACGUCCCUAUAGAUGAUGAAGAUGGUGAAGAUGGCGGCUCAGGCUCUGGAUCUGGAGACUAUGCUUUCAAUGACUUGUCAGAGCAUGAGGAUAGACUCAUGAGGUUCCUCAACUUGUCCAGGACCACUGUCUCCAAAGAAAUGGUUCCAAGUCAACCACAGCCAACAGCAGACUCUCCUCACAACCCACCAACCACAGCAGCAGACAGCCAGGAUCCAACAACCACAGUGAAGGACACAGAGAACACUCAGGACAGCAGGAAUGGAGAGGUGGCAGAUGUUGACCCAACAGAUGACUGGUUUACCCAGAGCACCACCAUCAUGCCUCCCAGUGAAACCACAGCAUCCAAAUUCAGCAUAGACAUCAGCAUAACCAAAGAAACAGAUGAAGACAACAGUCUGGACAGUUGGGACGUCUCGACACCCAAAAUCGAUGGAGAUGAUCUCUCUGUAGAGGAUAGAAAUGACAUUCUGGCCAUCGAUGGCAGAGGCAGUAAAAUGUAUGUACCUCCCGAAGAGGUGACCUCAGAGAACUUGUGGGAGAGAACAGAAGUGCUGGCAGCGGUGAUAGCAUGUGGAGUGGUUGGAUUCCUCUGUGCCGUUUUCCUCCUCCUCCUCCUUGCCUACCGCAUGAAGAAGAAGGAUGAAGGUAGCUAUGACCUAGGAGACACCAAACUUUCUUCAACACAGUAUCAGAAAGCACCUACCAAGGAGUUCUACGCCUGAACAGACCAAUAAGGACUUAAGAUGGCAUCCAUCUCCUCCCAAUCAGGACUGAGAAUGGAUCUAUAAAAAACUUAAGAUGAUUCCUCUUUGAGUUUGAAGUCAAGCACCUCUGUUUUCCUGCAGUGCUCCUUACAGUUUUUUUUCUUUCAUCUUUCCCCUGCUGCUCUGUCAGAUCUCUAUAUAUGUUCAGUGUUUGUAAAGAGGAGGUCAUAAGAGAACAAAAUACAUUCCUGUGAUUCCAUUAUAGGGAAGGGGUUGGACAUUAAAUACACAUCCUAAAUUUCAAGAAAGGGAUGGCUCACUACUGAAGUGGUGAAAAAGUACAUAGUGCCUUUAGAUCCACUUUACUUCUCUAAGCUGAACCUCACAGGGCUGGACUUUGUUCUGCUUUACAGACAAAAUCGAUUGUCCUGUUUAGCAGAGCCACUGCCUGAAGUGACCCAGCUCAGCCAAACAACAUCAAGGAAGAAACAUACAGUAUGAAUAGCCUUAACGCAUUUUAAAUGCUGCAAUUGGAAACGGUACCACAUUUGGGAUUAGUUUUACAGAAGGCCUACAAAAAUUGUAACUCUUUUGUGUUUUUGAAAUUUGCUUUGUUUCAUUGUUACAUUUCAUUUUCUGUAUGCUUUCUUUGCUGAACUGAAGAUUUUUAGUUUUUUGAGGAAUUAAUAUGUUUUAGUUUUUUUCAUUUGCUGUCCAGUAUUGCUAUGAGAGAUAUUGUUACUCUGCAGGUACAUAUUUUGUUGUUGUUUUUUUGUCAUAUAUAUUUGACACUUAUCGAAUUGACCAAAUAUAAAUGUGCGUUAUUUGUCUAUUGGAAAAUUAUGUUCAGUAACUUUUUUUUAAAUGUGAUAUAUUAUAUUUCCAUAAGCCAUUUUUUUAAAGAGAUUUUCAUUCUUUUCAUUGUAUUCACACAUUGGUAGCCUUGAAUAGGUAAAAGUCCCGCUACCUUGUAUCUGUCCAACAAAUAGUCAUAUUUUCAGGACUAUUUUAUUUGGUGACUGAGUGCAGCAGUCACGUGGACAGGAUUGCUAAGGUAGAGCCAAAGCUAAUGACUAUAAUUCAGAAACUGUGGAAGUGACCAACGUUUUCUGAUGACAGCCAAAGCACAUUCCUUUUGGACUGUCAGCUGUAUGCAGCUCCAAUAGCAGGUUUCAACUUAAAGGGACAGUGACAGCAUUUUACUGUUUCUUAUAGUUCAUAGAGUCUCGGCUUGUUCACUGAAAAUAAAAAAUGCGAUCAGUAAUAUUAAUAAUAGAUGACUGUGAUGUAAUGAAGAUAAGGCAAUGUAAGUGACUGGAUUGUCCCAUAUCAGGAAUUUAUUCAAUUUUUUACAAGUCCUCGUUAAUUGGUUAAAGUGCUACUCUGAUUGAAAGCAUGUCAGGUUUGAAACAUUAUGGGUCUUUACCUCAACCAAACAACCAAAGAAGCUUAUAAAGCUUUAAAGAGCUUAUAAAGCUUCAUUAAGGAGAUGGUUAACAGCAAAACAGCAAUGACACCAGAGUGGUAUUCCUUAUUGAUAGCACAUUAUUUUUAUUGUAACCAACUGACUGUUAUGCGUCAAAGAACAGUACUUUUCAUAUCAGCCUCGUAUUGAAACAUCUUGAAGCAGCUCUGUUGAGGACCUUGAAAUCUUUAUGAAAAUGUCAAACCCAGUUUUUUUAAACCAACCUUGGUUAUAAAGAUCACCAAUUAGUGGUUGAUACGUACAGAGAGGUGGUACUAUGAGUAGAACCACUCUCUGCCCUCAAAUUCUUAUUGAAAUUGGUUUCACAUUGUUUUAUUUGAUACUUGUUGACAAUGGUUUGUUUUUUAAAUUACUGUGUGUCUAAGGCCACUGCCUCUACAUGUUGCAAGAUUUGUAGCAGCUGUUUUUGUGUCUAUCAGCAGUAUGACUUCCUUCAUGAAGCAAUGUAUCGUCAGUGAAAGUUAGCAUGCCCGGCUACAUUUAUCUUUGUCUUUUAGUCGAGGCUACAUAGUAGUGUUUACUUGAUAUAAUUUCCUUUGCCGCUAUAGAAGUUUUAUUUUUAUCUGAAUACAAACUACCUAUUCACUGUGGCUGGAAUAAACAGGACGAUAUUAUCGCUAACCCACUGUGACUUACUGUUAACAUGAAAUUUGAUCAGGCACUUGUACCUCAGUGCCUCAGAAAGCAGUUUCUACAUUCAUUUGCAGUGUUCUUACAUGAUUAGUGUUGUGCUUCAGCCUUGGAGCUGUACAGAACCACAGCUGUUAUAGUUGUGGACAAAAUCUCGGACUUUUCUGUGUUCAAACAAAAUGUCAGACAUAAAUCAUUACCCACAGAGGGUUAAGACAACGGGUUAGCACUUGCUGGCAAUGCAACAGGUGAUGACACACAAUAACCUUUCUCUUCUAAGAUCUCUGUAAGGUUAUACAGUAUGUUGAUGAUACUAUAAUUUAUGUGUAUUAAUUUAUACUUGCUUUUACUAUAAUCCAGGUUGAUAGGUCAGUGAUAAAUCGGUAUUAUAAAGUAUUUACUCAUGGUCGAAGCCUCUUUGUGCCUACUGCUCAGUUUGUUGUAUAUUUAUGUUUUUAGUGUAUCUGACGAGCCUUGGUUCAAUUCAUUUUCAAUUUGAUUGUCAAGUUGUCCAGCUUUUAAAUACCUUUUUCAUAUGAAUGCAUUUAAUUAAUGAUUGAAGUAGAGGAAUAUGUUUUUUGUAAAUAUACUCAGAUUUAAUUUUAAUUGAAGUUGAAUAUGAAUUGACUGAAGCCUUGAUUUGAAUAAAAAGACACAAUGGAGGGGACCAACCAAAAAUCUACUUGGAGACAAAACUAUGACAUGAGCACACAAGGUGGCCAUUAGAGAACUGUGUUGCUAAAAUGGUGUAUCUUAUGAGGUUCACUACUGAAUAAAAGUAUGGCUUUAAUACAGUUCUAAAA